AUGCGUUUGAAUACUUCUAACACGGACAAGACUACUUACACGGACAGGACUUCUUACACGGACACGACUUCUUACACGGGCACGACUUCUAACACGGACAAGACUUCUUUCACGGACACGACUUCUUACACGUUCACGGACACGACUUCUUACGCGGACACGACUUCUAACACGGACAAGACUUCUUUCACGGACACGACUUCUUACACGGACACGAAUUCUAACACGGACAAGACUUCUUACACGGAAAGGACUUCUUACACGGACAGGACUUCUUACACGUUCACGGACACGACUUCUUACACGGACAAGACUUCUUACACGGACAGGACUUCUUACACGGGCAGGACUUCUUACACGGACAGGACUUCUUACCCGGACACGACUUCUUACACGGACAGGACUUCUUACACGUUCACGGACACGACUUCUUACGCGGACACGACUUCUAACACGGACAAGACUUCUUUCACGGACACGACUUCUUACACGUUCACGGACACGACUUCUUACGCGGACACGACUUCUAACACGGACAAGACUUCUUUCACGGACACGACUUCUUACACGUUCACGGACACGACUUCUUACGCGGACACGACUUCUAACACGGACAAGACUUCUUUCACGGACACGACUUCUUACACGUUCACGGACACGACUUCUUACACGGACAGGACUUCUUACACGUUCACGGACACGACUUCUUACACGGACAGGACUUCUAACACGGACAAGACUUCUUACACGGGCACGACUUCUUACACGGACACGACUUCUAAAACGGACAAGACUUCUUACACGGACACGACGAAGAAGUCAUGA